UUCAUAGCUUCAUAGCUUCAUAACGGAAGCAGCAUUUGGAGCACCAUGGCUCAUACAACGCACCUUUGCACUUCGCAGGCGAUCUUCACGUUCUUGCUGCUGCUGUGUCCGUGCACAGCGUAUUCGGAGUAUGACCCUUCGCAACCGCUACUACUAUCAAGCAAGGCCACAAUCUACCAGCAGACCGGCAACUAUCUCCACAUCGACCCACUACGACUACUGCGCCCAGCCUUCUGCGCACCAUCAUCGUCAACCAUGUCGUCACAUCGCAGUGGCAACUUAAGCGGCUGUCCGAGCGUCAGUCCGUUUAGUUGGCACGGAAGCAGCAUUUGGAGCACCAUGGCUCAUACAACGCACCUUUGCACUUCGCAGGCGAUCUUCACGUUCUUGCUGCUGCUGUGUCCGUGCACAGCGUAUUCGGAGUAUGACCGUUCGCAACCGCUACUACUAUCAAGCAAGGCCACAAUCUACCAGCAGACCGGCAACUAUCUCCACAUCGACCCACUACGACUACUGCGCCCAGCCUUCUGCGCACCAUCAUCGUCAACCAUGUCGUCACAUCGCAGUGGCAACUUAAGCGGCUGUCCGAGCGUCAGUCCGUUUAGUUGGCACGGAAGCAGCAUUUGGAGCACCAUGGCUCAUACAACGCACCUUUGCACUUCGCAGGCGAUCUUCACGUUCUUGCUGCUGCUGUGUCCGUGCACAGCGUAUUCGGAGUAUGACCGUUCGCAACCGCUACUACUAUCAAGCAAGGCCACAAUCUACCAGCAGACCGGCAACUAUCUCCACAUCGACCCACUACGACUACUGCGCCCAGCCUUCUGCGCACCAUCAUCGUCAACCAUGUCGUCACAUCGCAGUGGCAACUUAAGCGGCUGUCCGAGCGUCAGUCCGUUUAGUUGGCACGGAAGCAGCAUUUGGAGCACCAUGGCUCAUACAACGCACCUUUGCACUUCGCAGGUCUGUAAAAACUUUCCGCUUUAUGCUAAGAAAAGUGACGACCCAUUUUUGCUAUUGCUUCCGUGCCAACAAGUGCUCUGUGAAAUUGUCGCAGAUUGUUUUUCUAUGGCGUUGCUGUUAUUGUGCUCAGGUGACGUGGAAACUAAUCCCGGUCCUACUACGCGUACUGAGGCAUUACUCGAGCUGCAGAAUUUGCCAUCAAAUCCCUCUGAGCAGACGGAAGUUCUUUUCCGGCUGUUAAAAGACCUUCAGGCUCGUUCUGUACAAUCUGCUAAGGGUCAGGCCGAGUUGGUUAACGACGUCAAGGCCAUUAAGGUUGGUCAAAAGAACAUCGAGACCAAAAUGGAAUGUAUCCAGAAAAGAUUAGACAACCUUGAAGAAAAAACAAACGUUUUAGACAAUCUCCAUGAUGAAAUGACUGGCAUUCAGGCGUCGACUCAAGCCCAAACAACUCGGCUUGACUCUUUACUAAUGCGCGUUGACGAACUCGAGGACAGAUCGCGACGCAACAACCUCAUAUUUCAUGGCAUCCGUGACUCUCGGGAAUCGUGGGAACAGUCCGAAUCACGCAUAAGAGAAGCACUAACUGGUGUAAUCGACAGCCUGCCUGACACGGCAAUCGAACGUGCUCAUCGCAUUAGUCACUACACGCCUAAUAAGUGUCGCCCAAUUGUAGUUAAAUUCACCAAAACGAAAAUAAAAGACAAAGUACUUUCUUUGCGCGCACAGCUGAAAGAAAAGGGUAUUUCUACCUCCGAAGAUUUUUCGCCCGCCACCCGUCACGUCCGUAAAAAACUAAUUGAGUACGCUAAAAGCCAGCCCCAACCAUGCCCUUUCCAGUUAAGGUACACCAAACUAAUAAUGAAUAAAAAACAGUUCGUCUAUGACCCGGCAACAGACACCGUCAACGAGCAUGCGCCAUAUGAACCACGAGAUAACGGUGGGCAUGCAAAUUCCCAGCACGUGCCCAGUUAGGAAAACGUGAGGGGAUGUGGACGAGAAUCACGAGAAUCAUGCAUCGUAUCUGUUUUCUUUACAAAUAUUCGAAGCGUCAUGAAUAAGCGCACUUCCUUAGAAUCUGCCUUGGAGACUUGUAACGCCGACAUCUUUGUGCUUACCGAAACGUGGCUACAUUCACAGAUUCAAGAUAACGAAAUUCUUCAAACCGCACAACAUUUUUCACUGUAUCGUUGUGACCGUACAAUGCGUCAGGGAGGCGGCGUGCUCUUAGCCAUUUCUAAAGAUAUCCCAUCUCAGUGUAUUCACGUCAAUACUGACCUCGAAACAGUUUGGGCCAUCAUGGAAAUAAAUCACCAGAAGAUAAUCAUUGGUGUUUGUUACCGCCCCCCAACUUAUUCAUCUAACU